GGGCUGAGCUGGGCUGUGUUGGGGUUGCUGCCUCCGGCUUCUCGUUCCUCGUCUGCCGCCGUAGCUCCCCGCCGGCGCCUGCUGGCCUUGCCCUUAGGCGCUGCCUCCACGCACCGCAUCGGUGGCGGGGCAGGGUUAUUAAUGGCGCAGAGAAUUUUCUCAUCAGAACUUCUUCAAAUAACCUAAAGAUUAACGUUCAGAAUCUGACUUCAAGACCUCUGCUUCUCUGUCAAGUUUAGCUCCACGAUGGUUGAUUUUCUAGCUGAAAACAAUCUUUGUGGUCAGGCCAUUCUUCGGAUAGUCUCCUGCGGGAAUGCCAUCAUUGCAGAACUUCUGAGGCUUUCUGAAUUUAUCCCUGGUGUUUUCAGGCUGAAAGACAAGGCUGAUCAACAGAAGUAUGGAGAUAUCAUCUUUGAUUUCAGUUAUUUUAAGGGGCCUGAGACAUGUGAAGGCAAACUGGAAGCAAAACCUGAGCUCCUGGAUUUAGAUGAAGAAUUUCGUGAAAACAACAUAGAAAUUUUGACAAGAUUUUAUCUAGCUUUCCAGAGUGUACAUAAAUACAUUGUAGAUUUAAACAGAUAUUUAGAUGACCUCAAUGAAGGAAUUUACAUUCAGCAAACAUUAGAAACAGUCCUCCUUAAUGAAGAUGGAAAGCAGCUUCUAUGUGAAGCACUCUAUUUAUAUGGAGUCAUGCUACUGGUUAUUGACCAGAAGAUUGAAGGAGAGGUCAGAGAAAGAAUGUUGGUUUCCUACUACAGAUACAGUGCAGCCCGAUCCUCUGCUGACUCCAAUUUAGAUGACAUCUGUAAAUUGCUUCGAAGCACUGGAUACUCAAGCCAACCUGGAGCUAAACGACCUCCAAACUACCCUGAGAGUUACUUCAGCAGGGUACCCAUAAGUGAAACAUUCAUCAGUAUGGUUAUUGGCCGGUUACGGUCAGAUGACAUUUAUAACCAGGUUUCAGCAUAUCCAUUGCCAGAACACCGCAGCACUGCCCUGGCUACUCAGGCUGCUAUGCUCUAUGUGAUACUCUAUUUUGACCCUUCUAUUCUUCACACUCAGCAAGCAAAAAUGAGAGAGAUAGUGGAUAAAUACUUUCCAGAUAAUUGGGUGAUUAGCAUUUACAUGGGAAUCACUGUAAAUCUAGCAGAGGCAUGGGAACCCUACAAAGCUGCUAAAACUGCCCUCAACUACACACUGGAUCUUUCAAACGUCAAAGAACAGGCAAGCAGGUAUGCUGCAGUCACUGAGCGAGUGCACACUCAGGUGCAGCAGUUUCUCAAGGAGGGCUGUCUGAGGGAGGAGCUGGUGCUGGACAAUAUUCCCAAGCUGCUGAAUUGCCUGCGAGACUGCAAUGUAGCCAUCCGCUGGCUAAUGCUUCACACUGCAGACACAGCUUGUGAUCCAAACAACAAACGUCUCCGCCAGAUAAAGGAUCAGAUUCUGACAGACUCAAGGUACAAUCCUAGGAUCCUUUUCCAGCUGCUUCUGGAUACAGCUCAAUUUGAAUUCAUUUUGAAAGAGAUGUUCAAGCAGAUGCUGUCAGAAAAACAAGCUAAAUGGGAGAACUACAAAAAAGAGGGAUCUGAAAGAAUGACUGAGCUCGCUGAUGUCUUCUCAGGAGUUAAACCUCUUACUAGAGUGGAGAAAAAUGAAAAUCUUCAGGCUUGGUUCAGAGAAAUCUCCAAGCAAAUAAUGUCUCUAAACUAUGAUGAUUCCACCGCAGCCGGCAGAAAAACUGUGCAGCUCAUACAGGCACUGGAGGAGGUCCAAGAGUUUCACCAGCUGGAAACUAACCUGCAAGUCUGCCAGUUUCUGGCUGAUACACGCAAAUUUCUCCAUCAGAUGAUUCGAACUAUCAACAUUAAAGAAGAGGUCUUGAUCACCAUGCAGAUAGUUGGUGAUCUUUCUUAUGCUUGGCAGUUAAUUGACAGCUUUACAUCUAUCAUGCAGGAAAGCAUACGAGUCAGUCCAUCCAUGGUCACUAAACUCAGAGCCACUUUCCUGAAGCUUGCUUCUGCACUCGACUUGCCUCUUCUCCGCAUCAAUCAAGCAAACAGUCCUGAUCUUCUCAGUGUGUCCCAGUAUUAUUCUGGCGAGCUGGUUUCCUAUGUAAGAAAGGUUCUACAGAUAAUUCCAGAGAGCAUGUUCACAUCUCUCCUCAAAAUCAUAAAGCUUCAGACUCAUGAUAUUAUCGAAGUGCCAACUCGCCUUGAUAAGGACAAGCUACGGGAUUAUGCUCAGCUUGGACCACGAUACGAGGUUGCAAAGCUAACCCAUGCAAUUUCUAUCUUCACUGAAGGCAUCCUCAUGAUGAAAACUACUUUAGUUGGUAUCAUCAAGGUGGACCCAAAACAGUUACUAGAGGAUGGCAUAAGGAAGGAGCUGGUAAAACGGGUAGCUCUAGCCCUUCACAGGGGACUCAUCUUUAAUCCCAGAGCCAAGCCAAGUGAACUGAUGCCCAAACUGAAAGAAAUGGCAGCCACAAUGGAUGGAUUCCAUCGAUCAUUUGAAUAUAUCCAGGAUUAUGUCAACAUAUAUGGUUUGAAAAUUUGGCAAGAGGAAGUGUCUCGUAUUAUUAACUACAACGUGGAGCAGGAGUGCAAUAACUUCUUAAGAACAAAGAUUCAAGACUGGCAAAGCAUAUACCAGUCUACCCAUAUUCCCAUACCAAAAUUCACACCUGUGGAUGAAUCUGUAACAUUUAUUGGUCGGCUUUGUAGAGAAAUCCUGAGAAUCACAGACCCAAAAGUCACAUGUUACAUUGACCAAAUGAACACCUGGUAUGAUAUCAAAACGCAUCAGGAAGUAACCAACAGUCGUCUCUUCUCAGAGAUCCAAGAUACUUUAGGUACCUUUGGUCUCAAUGGUUUGGACAGGCUGCUGUGUUUCAUGAUUGUAAAAGAGUUGCAGAACUUCCUCAGUAUGUUUCAGAAAACUAUAUUGCGUGACAGGACAGUGCAGGAUACCUUAAAAGCACUUAUGAAUGCUGUCAGUCCUCUCAAAGGAAUUAUAGCAAAUUCCAACAAGGUUUAUUCAGCAGCAAUUGCAAAAACUCAGAAGGUCUGGACAGCAUAUUUAGACUCCAUAAUGAAAGUUGGACAGAUGCAGAUUUUGAGACAACAAAUUACCAAUGAAUUAAAUUAUUCCUGCAGGUUUGACUCCAAGCAUUUGGCUGCUGCUUUGGAAAAUCUCAACAAGGCAAUACUGGCUGACAUAGAAGCACAUUAUCAGAACCCAUCACUACCUUACCCCAAAGAAGACAACACUCUUUUGUAUGAAAUCACAGCAUAUCUGGAGGCAGCUGGCAUUCACAAUCCCUUAAACAAGAUCUACAUAACAACAAAACGCCUGCCGUAUUUUCCCACUGUCAACUUCCUAUUUCUCAUUUCCCAGUUUCCAAAACUCCAGUACAACAGGAAUUUAGGAGUGGUGUGCAAGCGGCCUGCUGAUCAAAUCGACUGGCUGCCUUUAGUUCUGGGACUCCUUACUUUGUUGAAGCAGUUUCACUCCAGAUACACAGAACAAUUUCUCGCUCUGAUUGGUCAGUUUAUUCGUUCAACGAUGGAGCAGUGCACAAGUCAGAAGAUACCAGAAAUGCCUGCUGAUGUAGUGGGUGCCCUCAUGUUCCUAGAAGAUUACAUUCGCUACACAAAGUUACCCAGAAAGGUUGUUGAAGCGCAUGUGCCCAGCUUCAUUUUUGAUGAAUUCAGAACUGUUCUGUGAAUAUGAAGGACCAAGGACUGAAGACAAGUACAGCUUUUCAGAGCUAUGUUUUCGGUGCUUUAAGGCAGUACCUGCAACCAUGUCUCUGAAACAUAACCAUAAGCUCUCAGCUGUAUAAUUAACUCUCAUUUAAGCCUUUGGCAUCAUCGGCAGUUUGCAUCUCAUCCAAGCAGCAUGCAUUUUGUACUGCACAUUAUCAAUGCUGUAAUUGUUUAGGUAGGAUUCAUUUGAGGUUUUCUUCUGAGGAACUGUCUGGAAGGCUGACUUUUCUAUCACAAAUGAGCAAUGAUCAUUGGAAAUAAAGGUGCUGGAUAGUUUGAUAGGACUUGGUUUUCCCUUUGUAAAGCAGUGCUGACUAUGCCCAAUUCUUUGUAUGUUUAGGAACAGUUUCCAGGCUCCAUCACUUUUCCAGGGAUUGAGGUGAAGCUGGCUGUCCUUCAGCUUUACUCAUCCUCCUCCUUGCUGCUCCUGAAGACAGGAGUGGUUUGCUCUAGUCCAGGCCCCAAGAUAACCACCACUGUUCACAGAGAAUUUUGAGUGGCCUCAUGCAGACACCUACCCACUCUCCCUGCACCCAAGGGUCUAUCCUUCCAGCUUCCAUGGACUUCUGUAUGUCCAUGUGGGUUAAAUACAUUCCCUAGCCUGCUCCUCCUCUGCUGAAAGAAUGAUUAUCUGUGGGAUCCAGCACUGCCAAGCAUUGUUGCUUCACCUAUUCCCAAUUUAAACACAGGCUCAGCUUUUGCACAAGUUAUCUCCUGCACACAGUGCCAGUGGCUGGCGUGAUUGGGAGUACAGCCAGCCCUUCCCCAGCAGGCACAGGGUUGCCCAAUGCCCAUCUCCUUGCCCAUGCAAGAGUUUUGGCGUGUUUGUGCCAGCUAAGCUAUAGCAUGGACUGCCCUGGCAUCAUCCUUCUGGCCUCUGCCUCUCCAUCUGGGUGUGACAGUUGGACCCACACUGAGUGAGUGGGCAGCACUUUGCUUCAGGCACCCCUGAUAAGGAGGCCUGGCUGAAACAGCUCUGCUGUACAAACCAGGAGAGCCACACUAGGACAGAUCUUCUCUACACCUAAGGAGUGCAGGCCAUAACUGACCAGAGCCUAAAAGUAUCAGUCCGAGCUGAGACUAAAUGUAACAGCAGAUGCACUCCUGCACAUACACCAAAGGGGGAGCCUGACUAUGAGUCAAUCACUUUGUAAAGGUGAGACCACUGUCUCAUCACCACAUUCAGCAGUCAGUUAUUGCUUAACCAUAAUUUGAUUUGACUUUCCUUUGGUCAUGAAUUAAUUACCAUCUGAUCAUCAUUUGGUUAUUAAUAAAAUCCUUUUAGUUAACCUUGUAACAA